UAUUCACGCUCUGUAUGGUGUAACAAGGUGUUCCCGGCACUAAGAAUCAAGUAAUUGUUUCUGAGCAUCUUUAUAAAAAUGCCAAGGUUGCUUAUAUCGUACGCUCAGUCAGUGUUGAACAUGCUUCGACAACUCAUCAUUUGUUCAUCAAUAAUUAUCGGAUUACGUGCUGUUAUAACAGCAGCUGAACCAGUUCAUCGAAGUUAUUCAAAACCUUUAAUAAAUGAGAAUACAGUGACUAUUGAUUGUUCUGGAAAUAAUGCUUAUUCAUCUGAGUGUCUUUCCAUUGUAAGUGAGAAUAAUGAAUCAUCCUUACCAUCAUCAUCUACCACUCCAUCGGAAAUUAUUUCCAAAAAAAAUAUUGAAGACAUGGAUGAUUCAUGGAGUUUAGAAAAUCUUCUUGCUGAUGGUGGAGUUACCGAAGCCCGUAAGAAAAAGAAAAAAGGUAUGGGACGAAUUUUUAUUAUGAUGGUUGCUGCUGCAAAAGCAACAUUAAUGUAUGUAGCACUUCAUGCUACUGCAUUACUUGCUGGCAAAGCAUUUGUUAUUGGAAAAAUUGCUCUUGUUUUGGCAACGGUGGCUUUACUGAAAAAGUCGUCUGAACAUCAUGACAAAAGUACAUAUGAGAUUGUAAAACAUCCUCAACACAGUUAUGUACAAACCCACAGUUCCAGUGUCGAUUAUGAUCAUCCUGGAGGUAGUGGUAGUGGUGGAUAUGAUCGACGACGUAAAAGAUCUACACGACGAAGUUAGAUACAUUUGUAGUUUUAAAAAUCUAUGAAUACUCAUCACCUUGUUUGUACAAUAUUUAAUAAUUUUUUACAACUUUUUUUAUCAUCUAAUAAAAAAUAUAAUGCUUGACUAUUUUAUGAUUUGAUUGUUCGUUAUAAAUGAAUAUUCAUAACAAUACAGAAAUUAUUGAAUUAAAUAAUAAUAAUAUUAAAUUAAAUAU